AUGAAGGACCCUAUGAUGGAUAUGGGACGUAAUCAGCAACAAAUAAAAACUGCCAAACUUUCUAUAGAUGGAAAAGAUUUCAUCUUAGUGGAUACACCGGGGUUUACAAAAGAAAAAACUAGUUCAACAUGGGGAGAAAUCAAUAAACGCUUUACAUCAGAUAGAAGAUCUCAUUUAGAUGAAUGCAUGAAAAAAUUAAAUAAUGAUAAUGUAAUCAUAGUAUUUACAAAAUCUUCUAAAGUAGAAACUGAAACUCCUGAAAAGAUGAAAAAUUCUUUUGCAGAUUUUGUAACAGAAUAUAUCGAGAAAGUUAAUCAUCGAUGGGUUGUUGCACCAAAUCCUGAUAUUUAUGAUGAGCAUAAUUAUGUAACUACUAACAAUAUGAAUCAUUUAAAAAC